UGACUGCAUCUUGUUUCGUGGCCUUCUUCCAGGAUCGGAGACCGGGCGGAAGCAAGGGCCGAGGUGAAGAAUGCGGCACCGGGGCCGCCUCCACCGUCUGGAAUGGAGGGGUCUUCACCUCCCCGCCUCGAACCCGAUCCCUUUCCUCAACUCCCACCGUUGCGAGCCGUGGCAUUCGAUACAAGUCCCUCGGUGACACUUAUUGGUCUCGCACGUGGUUAUUUUUUUUAUCUUUCUUUUUUCCGAAUGAACUCCCUUUCCGCCUCGGUCGAGAUCUCGAAAAAAACCACUCGUCAGGAUGUCUUACCCCUCCCCCCGUUCAGAGGUCUGGAGGUCUGGGAAGAGGAGGUAACUCGUUCCGGGCUAGCAGCGCAGCAUUCCGAUUGUUUGCUUUUGCUUCAGCCCGAAGGUUUGCUCCUUCCUUGGAGCAUUGUCCCCUUGGGUUCCUCCGGACUGUGCUGUUUGAAAUGGGAUGCUGGUAUUGAAUUCCCCCUCCUGCGUCCGCUAGACUGGUCCAGAGCCGGGUCUUCUUCGCCUUUUGGCCAGUGGAGAGCAGCGGGGCGCUCGCCAUGCGUAGAGAAGCAGACUUCACCUGUCUAGGCGAGGCUCUGACAAGGAGGCUGGGAGGGGGAGUGAAAUCUUGGGAUCCUUGGGGCCCUUGGGUCAGGCAGCGGCGGCGUGGCAUUCCUCGCCCGAUGUGAGGGCGGGCUUUGAUGGUGUGUUCAACCCGAAUUAGCGACCUCGUCAUCCCCGUUGGUUUCCGCAUGGUGGUGAUGUUGUUCUUGGAUCAGUGUAAGGGAUACGAUGAGGGCGAGAGGCUAUAAGGACAGAGGUCUCAGGAGUAUUGGCGGGCGAGUCUGUAGCGGCGUUUUCCUCUCUCUCUUUCUCUCUCUGUCUAUUGUUGCCAACAACCAAGGUCUUUCGUUCUAUCAAUACUCGAUCACCAUCCUCCCUCC